AUGAACACUAAAGGGAUCAUUCUGCGAGCCUUUGACCAGUUCAGGCUAAAAACAUGCAUGGACUUCCAGCCCAGAGACUCUGAGAUGUACUACCUGACAAUUGAGAAACGUACAGGGUGCUCCUCCUAUGUAGGGAGAACGUUUCCAAAUGGACAGGUUGUUUCCAUUGGACAGAACUGUGAUAUUAUCGCCAUCGUGGAACAUGAGCUUCUACAUGCUCUGGGCUUCUGGCAUGAGCAGUCCAGAUAUGACAGGGAUGAAUAUGUAACCAUUGUCAAUGAAAACAUCGUAGAAGCAUCUGCGGUCACAUUCCUAGAGACAUGCAGCUUUGAGGACAACCAGGAGUGUGGUAUGACCCUAUGUGCCAGUAUCAGUGCCAGCUGGGAGAGAGUGGGCAGUGUCCAAGAGGGGCCAACCUCAGACCACACCAAGCUGAGUCCUUUAAGGGGUCAUGAGAGGAACUUUGUGAAAGUCUCUCCCCAUGAUUCGACCACCCUGGGUUUCCCGUAUGACUACAGCUCGGUGCUGCAUUACAGUGAGACAUCAUUCAGCAAGGGAGAGGGACCUACCAUCAUCACUAAGCAACCUGAGUACCAAAAGAUUAUUGGACAACGCCUUGAAAUGAGCCCACAAGAUGCCUUAAUGCUGAACAAGCUAUACGGCUGCAAAAAAUCUAUUUCAUUUAUGGAACAUUGCAACUUCGACAACCAGAGAUUGUGUGGGAUGAGUCGCUGCACUAAGAGUUUGGUAGGUGGCUGGAAAAGAAUGAAGACUGUUAUUGGGGGGCCCUAUUCUGAUUUCACCAACCUGGGGAAGACAGACGGUACUGGUUUCUUCAUGCACGCCAGCACAGCGUCAGGCCAGGAGGGGGACACAGCCCGGCUGGAGAGCAGGGAGAUGACUCCCAGUAGGAAGUGCAGUGUCCAGUGUCUGCAGUUCUACUACUACCACAGUGGUAACGAGUCAGACCAGCUCAACAUCUGGAUGAGAGUGUAUCGUGAUGAGAGAAACCCUAACGGAACUCUACGCCACAUGGGCCAGAUCACAGGUUCCCCAGGAUCUCACUGGAUGCCCUACCACGUGCCCCUGAACGCCACCAAAACGUUCCAGGUGGAGUUUGAGGUGCGUAAAGGAGCAGGACAGUCUACAGGUGGGUUUUCCAUCGAUGACAUCAACCUGUCAGAAACCGAAUGCCCCCAUCACACCUGGCAGAUUAAAGACUUUGAGAAUCUUUUAACCACCAGUGAUAUUAACACUGUUGUGUACAGCCCCAGAUACUACUCCCCAGAGGGCUAUGCCUACCAGAUUGCCAUUUAUCUUCGUGAAAUGUUCUUUGGAGUCUAUGUGCGCUUAGUCUCAGGAAAGUAUGAUGACCAACUCCAGUGGCCUUGCCACCAACGACAAGUGACGAUUCAACUGCUGGACCAGAAUCCCCACACUCAGCAACGCAUGUCCAAGCAAAUCAGCAUUACCACUGAACCCUCACUUCAGGACGACUAUGAUUCCUGGAACAAUCCCCGUAUAGUCGGAAUGCUAAAAAACAGGGGUGAUGAGUCCUUCUAUGUAAACCCUGCUGUUGGCUACUUAAAAUUCCUAACCUUGACGCAACUGAAGCAUAGAGAAUUCCUCAAGGGAGGCAACAUUUUCUUCCUCAUCACCAUGCAAGGUAUGAUCCUCAUCAUGAUCGUCCUGAGUUGA